AUGGACCGCAGUCGCAUUCGAACUUCGAGAUCGUCCAAACCCACUGCUCCGCAUACUACCUCCACCUUACAAACCCCAAAACUCAAAGAUUCUUGCGAUAAAUGCUCCUCCUCCAAAGUACGUUGCACAAAGGAGAAACCCUUCUGUGCCCGCUGUGAUAAGCUUGGAUACACAUGCUUCUACAGUCCAGCAAGACGAGCCGGCCGGCCCUACCGGUUAAGAAAACAGCUUUCAGAAGGAAUCAAUAUUGAAGAAUCCAACCGACUCUCUGCAAUAGAUAUAACAACGACCCAGUUUGUAGACGAGAGCGCGAGGCUAUACUCCCGCUUCAAUGACUCCGCACCCGUCAACGUGGCAUCCAAUACCUCAACUCCAAAUACCACUCCAUCCAACAACAAAACGGCACAGUCAGACCCCAUUACCGCAGAACCCCACCGCACCUCCGAUCCGGAUUGCCUGCUGGUCAUUCUGGACAUAUUCUCCGACUUAGAAGUGUCAGCAGAGCAAUUCAGACGAGCAUCCCCUGUAGACGCAAGUCUUCUCAGCACAACCUCACAAACUAUCACAGCAGCCUUGCAUCGCCUUUCUACAAUUCUGAUUUGUUCUUGCUCCAAGCGAGCGGAGGUGGGGAUGCUCAUUUCGGCAAUUUGCAUGUCAGUCAUUGACAUGCAUGCCAUGACAAUUUCAAAUUUCGCGAAAGAUCAGCAUCCUGCUGGAAUACUCAGCCAGCCGACACCAUGGGAGAAUCCCGGUGUCGGGCCUUAUGGGUCCCCUGAGUAUGAGGUUACUGCUAUACAAGUCUUUACAGAGCUUUCAGAGCUGGCCAGGCUCAUUUUACGACUUGCCGAGCGCUAUGAUGGAGCGAGUGGGUCUUUAAAUGGUCUACAGAAUGGAUCGGAGCUGCCAACGGAUAUUCUCCCAGGAAUAGCUACUUUCUUACGUGAGAGAUUGCAGCAAAUCACGAAUGGCGCUACUCGCUGGGUUGGAUAG